UUUGCAUCAGGGAGCAAAAAGUCUUGGCCUGGCUCCGGCCCUGACUUAGGGUUCCCUUGACUGAUGUCCAGCCAUACCUUCAGGGUCCUGCAUUCCCAGCUCCUGUCCUUUUCAUUGCCUUAUUGGUUACUGCUCUCUCCUUUCUUUAGGAAAAUAACUGUAGGAGAAGAUCAUCAGAAUCCUCUCUAGCUUGACCUGAUCCUCCUGAAGACGCAGCAUCUCGGAGGGCAUCCUGGGGCGUCUCGCUGUGCUUUGCCUCUCACCACUGAGUAAAAAACAAGAGAUUUUUUCCCCCACUCCUAAGUCUACGGAAGGUCGAUGGAUGGGUAGAAGUGAGGAGUUGGGAUCGUCGCUAAGAAAAAUAAAAUGGCUACCGAGAAGGAGGUGGAAUUCUCAGCUCUGUGUCUUCGCAGGAUUAUUGUAGAGCCGGAGGUGAAGACGGAAAUCAAAAUGGAAGGCCAAGACCCGGAAACCGAGAGCGAAUUGCCGAGAACCAAAGAGUCCUGCCUGGUCUCCCUCCCAGCGGAGACGGUUCCUCGAGGAUCGCCACCAGCACCACUACGACGCAUUAAGCAGGAAGCCUCUGCGGGUCCUUCCUGGGAGGAUCAGUGGCCGGAGUUCCUACAGGUAUCUCAGUCUCCUCCUUUGGGACAGGAGGACCCGCUAUUACCAGAGAAUAUGUUAAGGGAAGAGGCAGAGAUUUCUCCGGACGUUUGUGAAGGAGCCGAGGCCGCCCGCCUGUGGAGGAGAGGAGAAAAUGGAAGUCGGCUGAGGCCAAGGAUCCAUAAAACAGCCCCAGAGAUUCAGGACCUAAACUUUGCAUGCGAGAAGGGUGACAGACGACCGAGAGAGGAUCAGGCCUUGGAUCUUCUCAGUUCGGAGCGCCAGCGCCGACGCUUCCGGCACUUUGGCUACCAGGAGGUGAACGGCCCCUGGGAGGCUUACUGUCAACUCCGGAAGUUUUGCCACCAGUGGCUGAUGCCAGAGAGGCAUACCAAAGAGGAUAUCCUGGAGCUGGUGAUCCUGGAGCAGUUUCUCUCCAUCCUGCCCCAGGAAAUGCUCUGUUGGAUCCAGGAGCGCGAUUCGGAGAGCUGCUUCCACGCCGUGGCCCUGGCCGAGCAUUUUCUUCUCAGGCAGCGUGAAGCGGAGAGACAGGAUCAGCAGGGUCCUGGUGGGCUUAUCUGA